UGGCUCUCCGUUGACUCGGUCUGAAGAAGAAGAGAGUCGAGGAGAGCAGCAGUCAUAAACCCAAGCGUUUGUUCACUCAGGAGGAGUUUUAAUCGAAGAUGAAAGUAUUAACAGUUAAUAUUUUAGACACGCUUCUAUAUUGUUAACGUAAGGGGGGAAAUUCAGCGAGGGGAAUUAUUUUAUUAAGUGAGGUAGCGUGAUAGUAUCACCUGUGGGACUGGGCUUGCAGGUAAAAACGGGUAUCGGUCACCAAUAAAACCAGUUGACGUUUAUAACAGCUGUUAUGAUUCCUGAGUGUCCCGAGCCCAGAAGCCGAAUCCGGUGUGAAUCCGGUCCGGACCGCUCCGGUUUGCUGCGCGAGAUCCGGACCGACAUCAGGAGUGAGCCGUUCACCGAGCGCUAUGACGUAAUCCCCGGCAGAGAGCUGGGCAGAGGAAAGUUUGCUGUGGUGAGGAAGUGUGUGGAGAAGAGCUCAGGGAAAACCUAUGCAGCGAAGUACAUGAGGAAGAGGAGGAAGGGCCAGGACUGCAGGACGGAGAUCCUUCACGAGAUCGCUGUGCUGGAGCUGGCAGCGGUCUGUCCACGAGUGGUCAAUCUCCACCAGGUCUACGAGACGGCCAGCGAGAUGGUGCUCGUUCUGGAGUAUGCUGCCGGAGGAGAGAUCUUUACCCAGUGUGUGGCAGACCGAGACGAGGCCUUCAGUGAGCAAGACGUGAAAAGACUGAUGAAGCAGAUCCUGGAGGGAGUUUCCUUCCUUCACAGGAACAACGUGGUGCAUCUGGACCUCAAACCUCAGAAUAUCCUCCUGACCAGCGAGUGUCCUGUCGGGGAUAUAAAGGUGGUGGACUUCGGCCUGUCGAGGCUGGUCAGCAGCGGUCAGGAGCUCAGGGAGAUCAUGGGCACACCGGAGUAUGUGGCGCCAGAAAUCCUGAAUUAUGAGCCAAUCAGCACAGCGACUGACAUGUGGAGCAUCGGUGUCCUGGCGUACGUGAUGCUGACAGGGAUCUCGCCGUUCCUGGGGGACGACAAGCAGGAGACCUUCCUCAACAUCUCUCAGAUCAACAUCAGCUACACUGAGGAGGAGCUGCAGCGUCUGGACGGAGACGCCAUCGGCUUCAUCAAGAGCCUGCUCAUCAAAGAGCCAGAGAGCAGAGCCUCUGCAGAAGACUGUCUGAAGCACCAGUGGCUCCAGCCGGAGGAGAGCGUCUCGGAGCCCGUCGCUCGAGCUGAUGAAGACGAGGAGGAAGAGGAGGAGCUGAUAGUGAUGGCCUCUUACACUCUGAGCCAGUGCCACCAGUCCUCUGAUGAACAGAGCCUGACUCCGGACCAGAAGGCCAUCUCCAAACGCUUCAGGUUUGGAAGCGAGCCCUUCUCUGCGCUGUCUGGAGAGUUCGUCUACUGACGCACAUCUGUCCUUUUGUCUUCACUGCUUGCUCUGGUUUCUGUUUGUGCUGCUUUAUAUUGUCCCGGUUGAGAUACUGAAGCCUUGCUGUGGUUCUCGAAGUUCUCGUUUUUCUCUUUCAAUAUUUUUUAACUUGUAUUUUUUUGGUGCCAUGCUUACACGUGUGAGCUUGUGAUCGUUUCCUUUCAUCGUGUUUGUACAAAAUGAAUGUUGUGUGUUUUUCUGCGACACGAAGGCAAGCAGAAUUAAGUGUAAAUUAACCCAGUUUUAUUUUAAGAGUAUUUCUGUCGUGUUUAAAAAAGCCACUUUGUAUGUUGAGCUCCUGUCUUUCCUGGGUAAAGAUCCCACAGCAAUAAUACUUCCAUUCACACACACACAUGUAUAUAUGAAGAAUGUGUGUCUUUCUGUUCAUUUGGACUCGUGUAAGAGUCAUAACUGUAAAUUGAUUUGUCACUAUAAAGAAUAUUUUUAAUGGCAACAAAUUUCAAAGUGACUGUCUUGAUUCUGUAAAUAAAAGUUUGUCUCAACUA